CUUCUUCCUUUUUAUCAAUCUUUUUUUUUUCUUUCUUUUUCAUCUUUUAAAACAAAUGACUUCAGCAGUUCAACAAAUCCAGGAUCAAGUACAACGUGAACUUAAUGGUGCUGUCACCAUUGUAGUAUUGGGUGCUUCAGGCGAUUUGGCAAAAAAGAAAACAUAUCCAGCAUUAUUCGGUUUAUUCAAGAAUGGAUUUUUACCCAGUAAUACACAUAUUGUUGGUUAUGCUCGUACACAAAUGACUCACAAUCAAUAUAUUGAACGCGUCACACAAUAUAUCAAGACACCAUCCGAAGAAGAUAAAAUUAAACUUGAACAAUUUAUUCGUAUCACUAGUUAUCAAGCCGGUCAAUAUGAUCAAGCCGAUGCUUGGAUUCAAUUAAACAAAGUAUUGGAAGAAAAUGAAAAGAGUCGACAAUUAUCUAAAAGGAACCGUAUUUACUAUAUGGCUUUACCUCCUUCUGUUUUUAUUCCUGUGGCUCAAGGUAUCAAACAAUAUGUCUACAAUCCUGAUGCUAUCAAUCGUCUGGUGGUAGAAAAACCUUUUGGUAUGGAUACUGAAUCAAGUAAUGAAUUGGGUGCUGCUCUUGGUGCAUUAUUCAAGGAAGAGGAAAUCUAUCGUAUUGAUCAUUAUUUGGGCAAGGAAAUGGUCAAGAAUGUCAUGAAUUUACGUUUCGCCAAUAUCUUCUUUGCUCAUGCCUGGGAUCGUCAAUUCAUUGACAAUGUACAAAUCACUUUCAAGGAACCUUUUGGUACUGAAGGACGUGGUGGUUACUUUGAUGACUUUGGUAUUAUUCGUGAUGUUAUGCAAAACCAUUUGUUACAAGUGUUAACUUUGAUUGCCAUGGAACGACCCAUUUCCACCAGCAGUGAAGCCAUUCGCGAUGAAAAAGUCAAAGUAUUAAAGUGCAUUCAACCUAUCAAGAUGGACAAUGCUUUGUUGGGACAAUAUGUACGGGACGGUGAUAAACCUGGUUAUUUGGAAGACGAUUCACUCAAGAACAAGGACAGUCAAACACCUACUUUUGCAGCAUUGGCUUUAUUCAUCGACAAUGAACGUUGGGAAGGUGUGCCCUUUUUACUCAAGGCAGGCAAGGCGUUGAACGAAGCCAAGGUGGAAGUCCGUAUUCAAUUCAAAAACGUGGCUGGCAACUUGUACGACGAUACUGCUCGUAACGAAUUGGUCAUCCGUAUUCAACCCAAAGAAAGUGUGUAUAUGAAAUUCAAUAGCAAACAACCUGGACUUUCGUAUCAAACCAUUCAAACCGACUUGGAUUUGUCUUAUCACAACCGCUAUACCGAUCUGGCCAUUCCCGAUGCUUACGAAUCGCUGAUUUUGGAUGUCUUACGCAACGAUCAUUCUAACUUUGUACGUGAUGACGAAUUGGAAGCCUCUUGGAAAAUAUUUACUCCUUUAUUGCAUGCCAUUGAUGAUCCUCAACAACAUGUACCAUUGGUCACUUAUCCUUAUGGUUCUCGUGGUCCUCAAGAAUUAUCCGAUUUUGUCAAGAAGUUUGGUUAUGAUCGUUCUCAACAUACUUCUUAUGCUUGGCCCACUCAAUCCAUGGCUCAACAAAACAAACUUUAGUUUUUUAUUUUAUCAUUUAUAUAUUAUUUAUAUCUUUCUUUUAUAUAUAUAUUUCAUGUAUUCAUCUUUUUUUUUUAUUUAAUCCAUUCCCUCACUCUUUUUUUUUUUUAUUCACACACACGUAUACAUAUUGACCAUUAGCAGAUAACAACUCUUUUUUUUUUAAAUAAACAAAUAAAAAAAAUCUCAAACAUUCAACUUUAAUUUCAUUAUUAUGUAACCAAUGGUUGGUCUGGAGAUCACUUUAGUGUUACUUUACGACACGUGUAUGAUAGAAUUAU